CCCUGUCAAUAGCACGAGCAUGUGCUGACUCACUCGUCGCCUUGCGCAAACAUUUCCACUUCCAUACCAUCCAGAGUACUGUGCAACAACAACAGCCUCCACGUCCAAUUGACUCCUGCUGCCCUCAUCGCGGGGUCACAGACGACUGAUCCAUCCCACCAUCCACCAUUUGGGACGGCACGCCACACCCCAACUUUGCACCAACAUGGCUUCUCUCGACCUCAUCGACCACUCGCCCCGCAAUCCCACCCCCUCCCCGUCCAUACCCACCGCCUCAAACGUCGUCCUCAUCGACAACUACGAUUCUUUCACCUGGAACGUCUACCAGUACCUCGUCUUCGAAGGCGCCACUGUCACCGUCUACCGCAAUGACGAGAUCACGCUCGACGACUUGAUUGCGAAGAAGCCUACACAAUUGGUAGUGAGCCCAGGCCCAGGGCACCCGGAAAAGGACGCCGGAAUCAGCAACGAUGCGAUCAAACACUUCAGUGGCAAGAUCCCCAUUCUUGGCGUGUGCAUGGGAGAACAGUGCAUCUUCUACAGCUACGGCGGCACCGUCGACGUGACUGGCCAGAUCCUACACGGAAAGACCUCACCGCUCAAGCACGACAACAAGGGAGUCUUCGCAGACGUCCCCCAAAAUGUUCCUGUCACCAGAUAUCACUCGCUCGCCGGUACUCACGGCACCCUCCCAGACUGUCUCGAAGUAACCGCUACGAUCCCCGCCAACCCCGAUGCCGACGCGAAAGAGGUCAUCAUGGGAGUGCGCCACAAGGAGUAUGUCAUAGAGGGUGUGCAGUUCCAUCCCGAAAGCAUCCUGACCGAAGAUGGACGGCUGAUGAUGAGGAACUUUCUACGUAUGCAGGGAGGAACUUGGGCAGAAAACGAGAAGCUACAGAAAGAGGCGCAUGCCCAGGCAAUUGGAGCUGCGACUGAUGGCGACACCAACGAUACAAAGGACAAGAAGACGUCCAUACUUGACAAAAUUUACGACCACCGCAGAGCAGCUGUCGCGGAACAGAAGAAGAUCCCUUCGCAGAGGCCUAGCGAUCUCCAGGCAUCAUACGACCUUAACCUAGCGCCUCCACAAAUAAAUUUCCCAGAACGUCUCAGGCAGUCGCCUUACCGACUCUCACUCAUGGCUGAGAUCAAACGCGCAUCGCCUUCCAAAGGCAUAAUUUCUCUUUCUACAUGUGCACCUGCACAAGCAAGGACAUACGCGAAAGCUGGGGCGAGCACAAUCUCGGUGCUGACGGAGCCAGAAUGGUUCAAGGGAAGCAUCGACGACCUCAAGGCCGUCAGGCAAAGCUUGGAAGGAAUGCCCAACCGCCCAGCAGUUCUAAGAAAAGAGUUCAUCUUCGAGGAGUAUCAGAUCCUCGAAGCCAGGCUUGCAGGUGCCGACACCGUACUCUUGAUCGUCAAGAUGCUUGACCAAGACCUCUUGAAAAAACUCUACGACUACUCUCGUUCGCUCGGAAUGGAGCCUUUGGUCGAAGUCAACAACGUUGAAGAGAUGGAAAUCGCAGUAAAGCUAGGGUCUCAGGUUAUAGGUGUCAACAACCGCAACCUCGUGAAUUUCGAAGUCGACAUGGACACAACAAGUCGUCUCAUGAGCUUAGUACCGAAGGAGACUAUUGUGUGUGCCUUGAGUGGUAUCGCUGGGCCUAAAGACGUCGAACCGUACACGCAAAAUGGCGUGGGUGCGGUGUUGGUAGGUGAGGCGUUGAUGCGGGCUUCCGACACCGCGCAAUUCAUCGUGGAGCUCCUAGGUGGUACUUCGACAAAGACAACUCAAGAACUCAAACCUCCAAUGGUGAAAAUAUGUGGAACGCGCACUGCUGAGGCUGCAAAGGCUGCCAUUGAAGCAGGAGCAGAUCUCAUUGGCAUGAUACUGGCCCCUGGGUUAAAACGCACAGUAUCUGCUGAAGCCGCUUUAGCAAUUUCCGAAGUCGUCCACAAAACUAGGAAACCACACAUCUCGAAGUCAGGUCUCCUCGUCGACUCGAAGUCUGCUUCCGACUAUUUCGAACACGCUUCAUCGCGACUCGUCUCGAAUGAAGAUCGAGCGCUUCUCGUGGGCGUGUUCCGGAACCAAUCGCUGGAGUAUGUGCUUGGGCAGCAGCGACUAUUGAACCUAGACGUUGUGCAAUUCCACGGCCAAGAACCUCUGGAGUGGGCGAAACUGGUCCCGGUCCCGGUCCUCAGAGCGUUUAAUCCUCAGGAUCGUGGUAUUGGGUUGAGAGGUUAUCAUGCACUGCCACUUUUGGACGCUGGAUCUGGGGGUUCAGGCCAACAACUAGACCUUUCGGAAGUUAAGGAGGUAUUCGCAAAAGACGACGGAGUCAAGGUUGUAUUGGCUGGAGGGCUCAAUGCUGAGAACGUGCAAAAGUUCUUAGCAAGCUUGGACGAGUACCGGGAUCGCGUCAAAGCUGUGGACGUCAGCAGUGGUGUAGAAGAGGACGGUCAGCAGAGUCUGGACAAAAUCCGCGCUUUUGUGAAGGCUGCUAAAAGCUAGGAGUACGCAUACAGUAUCGCAAUUCAAUAUGUAAGAUAGGACUUAAACCAAACGAAGCGAAGUAUCGUCUCCCUUAUCAAACAAAGCCAUCUUCUUGACUUCCUCUCAUCUCUUAUCUGACAUUGCUC